AUGAAGCAGAUAGGAGCAGAUAUACGCAAUAAAUGCCGGGCCGAAAUCGAUGAGUACGUCAAUUGCUCAGCUGAGACUAAUCUGGUGAUGUUCAAGUGCAAAAAUGAAGCCAAGGAACUCUACAAAUGUGUCAGAAUCUACCAAAAGGAUGCGGCAACACCUGAAGCUCAGCAAAAGGUGAUGGAAGAACGAGUACGAAAGGGAGAGAGCGUACUAAAGGAGAUACAUUUAUAA